CGCAAGCUGCCCUCUCGCUCCAAACGGCCCUCGAAACGACUGUCCACCUCGCCCUCCGAUUGCAAGCAGACCAGGCAGUUUCUCCAGCGCCUCAAAUACCGCCAAGAUGUCUCGAAGACAGCCCCAGUUCAAUCAAACCCUCCUCAUCGACCCGACGCCGAUGCCCGAUGACAUCCCCAAGGUCCAGGAGAUCGGUGCUACGUCUGCUCCGCUGAUGAGCGCGUCGUUCUUUAUCGGCGAUAAGUGCAAGGCCUACAAUGAUGACUACAUGAAGUGCAAGGCGGAGGCGAACGGACGGGGCGAGCUGGAGUGCCUGAAGGAGGGUCGGAAGGUCACACGUUGCGCCGCGAGCGUGAUCAAGGACAUCAACACACACUGCCUGAAGCAGUUCACCGCGCACUGGGAGUGUCUGGAAAACAACAACCACCACAUGUGGGAAUGCCGCAAGCCCGAGAUGGAAUUGAACCAAUGCGUGUUCGAGAAGCUCGGCCUUAAGAAAACCAUCCCCGGAACCCCAGAAGGUCAGACUCCCGUCCAUCUGCGACCGAAGCAGCUAUACGCGCAAUUCCCUGGACCUCAGUACUAGAAAACAAGGACCCCCCUCUGUACUUGUGUCACUUUUUUUAUGGUCUCCCGUUAUUUUUGAAAGAGAAGUGUUUCAGCACGAAACUCUGUGUUUGUACAUAUUAGCAUCAGGAAUGAUCAUGUGGUUUUCUGUACGCAAAAAUCUGUGCUGUUAUCGAGGUCGAGGGCUGUGGGCCUUAUUUGCUUUCUGCAGCCAGUGGUCUGUCUGAUCUGAUCUGAUCUAGUCUGAUCUGGUCUAUGCGGGCGGAGUAAUGUCUCCGAUGGGA